GAGUCAUGGCCUGAUGGUCCUCCAAACUGGUCAGAAAAAGCCAGAAUGUACAACAUCAAAACCAAGGGAAGUGACUCCAGACCUGGUGAUAAAGGGCAAUUAGUCAAGGCCUUUCUAAAGUCAAAAGAAGUCAACCUUGCCUGAUUUGAGCCCCCAUCAGAAGUGCAUCCCAAUUCAAAGGAUGGCCUUCCAGGUAAAAGAGUGGGAAAUUUAUAACUAAGCCAACCAUGGAGAGUUAAAUCUCUGCAAUAUCAUAGACGAAAGAAAUUAUGUUUAAGGAUUAAAGGACAUUUAGAUUUAUUGAGGAACAAUAAGAUUUAGGAGUUAAAAUUUAGAAUUUAGAAGUACUUAUUUUCUACAGUUUAAUUAGACUAUGAAUUAGUAAAACAUUAGAAGAAGUAGGACUUAAGUAACAAGAAUGCCGCAUAAAUGAAUUUAAUGGUGAAUAUAAUAAUAUUUUCAUAGGUUUUUAUCAUUUCCCUAGCCUCCUGUAACAAAAGGUUUUGAUUAAUUUUCCAGGAUUCAGGGUACACAGAGCUAUAAGGAAGCAAAAGGCAGGAGAAAUUUCCGUGUCUGUGAUGCGAUUAAGUAAACAACUCAAGCAAAGCAUCCAUGGGGGAAUAGAAAGUGACAAAUUUAACAUAGGAGAGCCGGUGAUAGAAAGAGAGAUCACCAAAUUGGCUAUUAAUACACAGGGAGAGAUAGAGCAGAGGAAAUGUCACUUGCAAGCAAGAAAAAUUCCCUUACAAGACAUUAAAAAGAAGCCUCAAUUAAAAACAAAGACCUCCUUCGAAUAA